UCGUCCGGCCGUGGCCUCACUGUCUCCUCUCCCCCUUCACCCGGGACCCCCGGCACCCUUGUCUCUCCAGCUCCCCGGAUCGGGCCAUGGGCCCCGCCGCUCGCCCUUCACUGAGGUCGCCGCCACCUCCGCCGCCGCAGCCCCCGACGCCACUGCUUCUGCUGCUGCCCCUGCUGCCGCUGUGGCUUGGCCUGGCGGGGCCUGGGGCCGCGGCUGACGGCAGCGAGCCUGCGGCCGGGGCGGGGCGGGGCGGAGCCCGAGCCGUGCGGGUGGACGUGAGGCUGCCGCGGCAGGACGCUCUGGUCCUGGAGGGUGUCAGGGUCGGCCCCGAAGCCGACCCGGCACUCCCACUGGGCGGUCGUCUGCUCCUGAUGGACAUCGUGGAUGCUGAACAGGAGGUGCCGGUAGAAGGCUGGAUUGCAGUGGCUUACGUGGGCAAGGAGCCGGCCGCCCAGUUCCAUCAGGAGAAUCAGGGCAGUGGCCCGCAGGCCUAUCCCAAGGACUUGGUCCGGCAGAUGCGGCGGGCCCUUUUCCUGGGAGCCUCUGCCCUGCUUCUCCUCAUCCUGAACCACAACGUGGUCCGAGAGCUGGACAUAUCCCAGCUUCUGCUGAGGCCAGUGGUUGUCCUCCAUUACUCUUCCAAUGUCACCAAGCUAUUGGAGGCACUACUGCAGAGGACUCAGGCCAUAGCUGAAAUCACCAGUGGAAUGUCCUUGUCUGCCAACAUUGAGUGGAAGCUGACCUUGUGGACCACCUGUGGCCUCUCCAAGGAUGGUUCUGGAGGAUGGCAGGACUUGGUAUGCCUGGGAGGUAGCCGUGCCCAGGAGCAGCCCCUGCAGCAGCUGUGGAAUGCCAUCCUGCUGGUGGCCAUGCUCCUGUGCACAGGACUCGUGGUCCAGGCCCAGCGGCAAGCAUCACGGCAGAGCCAGCAAGAGCCCAGAGGCCAGGUGGACCUGUUUAAGCACCGUGUAGUGCGAAGACUGGCAUCCCUCAAGACGCGGCGCUGCCGUCUGAGCAGGGCAGUGCAGGGCUUCCCAGAGCCUAGCACUGAGACCUGUGCUGUGUGCCUGGACUACUUUUGCAACAAGCAGUGGCUCCGGGUACUGCCCUGUAAACACGAGUUCCACCGAGACUGUGUAGACCCGUGGCUGCUGCUCCAGCAGACCUGUCCUCUGUGCAAAUUCAACGUCCUAGGUGAGCAACAGGCGUGGGGCCCUUGGCUGACUCCACCUGCUGCCUUCCUCCCUGUUCUUUUUUCCUCUUCCCCUGCAGGGAACUGCUACUCAGAUGACUAGCUGCCCCUCAUAGACUUCGCACAUGGGAUGGAUUUCUUGUGUCUAUACCCUGGCCCUCAGCAGGAUGGACAGAACAGCAAGCCCUGUAAGCAAGAGGAUACCCCACCGUAUCCACACUGGGAAAGAGGGAUACCCACCAUCAAGCGGUGGAUUCAGGGCUGGAAGCUGCCAUCCAAGGACAAGAGGUUGCUUUGGAGCCCCUCUCUGGAAUUCUGGAGCAUCUGUAUCUACUUCCUCACAGGCAGUUCCCAGAUCACUUGGGGAAGAGAAUUUGGAGCCAGUCCAGAUGUCCUCAGGGUUCUAGGAGUUCUCUGUGGCUUGUCAAGGGGUCCCUUAGGACUAAAGCUAUAGUAGACAGGUUUGGUGCUUAUUUAUUGGGGUAGGGGUGUAUUGAAGGAAGAGCUGUCGGGCCUUGGGGCACCCUGGCCUGACCAUCUUCCAGGAUACCUCUGUUGCCCGUGGCCCUCAGUUAUUGGGCCCUGGGGCUCAUGGGUCCUGCUGCCUGUGCAGCUGGGCUGCCUUCCCAGGCCUGGCUAGGACCAGAGGCCUUAGAAACUAUCUAGUCCUGUACUUCUGGUUGGGGCUGUAUGUUGCUGACCAGGAUACUUGAAGCCACAGGAUAAAUGUGGUGCAUCUUUCGGGGUAUCCAUUAAAAAAAAAAAAAAGUAACAGUUGGGAAACAAGUAACAGUUGGGGUUGGGAAGUUUUAAUAGUAAAAUAAACAUGGAUAUAUUUUAACAUAAGAUAUAGAACUA